CGAGGCUCGACCACUUGUCAGCCAAAAGCUCCCAACAAGAACUAAUUCGAGUCAGCGCUCAGGAGCUAUCGCAUCCUCCGCCACCCGACAGCCAGGUACAACCAAUUGACCGAGCACCUUAUCACCUCGGCUUUUUCUCCGCGCAGGUAGAUCGCCUCACCCGUAGAUUGGUAGGUGCCGCGUAGAUGGGCUGUGUGGAUCGCCGCAGUUCCACUCGGAUCGCAGCGCCGUCCCACUUACCACGGCAUCGCCUUUUUUGGGGACUGUCCCCGAAGCCUGAACGCGUCUCUUCUAGAAGACGCCGAUUCUUACACCGCCGGUUCAGCCUAAGAAAGGCCAUGCCAGUGCCCCCUGUCCCGGAGAGUGGGUAACCAGGCAUGAUUGCCGGGAGAUAGGUAUCCAGAAAAAACGCAAGAGAAAAAAAAGGUUGUAUAUACAAAGCGGCUGCUGCCGCCGCUGUGCUCAACAAAAUGGCGGGCCGUCUCAGACUCGGCGCUGCCCCUUCCUCACUGUCACAUCUUAUCAGGCCCCGGCCUUCCUCCCACUGCCACAGUCAGUUCGUACAGCCCCUCUGGCGGACAAGGCACGUUCAGCUCUCUAGAAUUUCCACCGGGGGCUCAGGAGGCAAAGCAGGCUCCGCUCCAUCACGGUCGCUUCCGAGGCGCAUACUAUCUCUCGCCGGACGCGGGAUCGUCCUCACGUUUGUUGGAUACAUGAUGACUAUGGCAGCGGUUCUCCCGGCGGCGCAGGAGAUGGUCUCCCCGCCGACCAGCGAGGAGACGCUGCGGGCGUACACGCCGCCCGACGCCGAGGCGCAGGCGGUGGAGGACCACAUCAACGCGCACCCGACGGUGGCGGAGCUGCGGGCGCGGCCCGAGCUGACCGAGUCGCGGCCGCACCUCAAGAUCCCGGCGGCGUACCGGACGCGCAGCCUGACGGCCGGCACGCUCAUGGGGCCCGGGCGGGUCACGGUGCCGCCGCUGGACUGGACCGAGGAGGGCGGAAGGUCGUACUACCAGGUGGCGCACCUGGGCGCCGACCUGUGCGGGCACCCGGGCAUCGUGCACGGCGGCUACCUAGCCACGAUGCUAGAUGAGGGCCUGGCGCGCUGCUGCAUGCCGGCGCUGCCCAACAAGAUCGGCAUGACGGCCAGCCUCAGCAUCAACUACCGCGCCCCGACCCCGGCGGGCUCCUACGUCAUCCUCCGCUGCACCACCACAAAGGUCGAGGGCCGCAAGGCCUAUGUCGAGGGCCGCAUUGAGACGCUGGCCGGCCCAGGCGAGACGCCCGUCGUGCUGGCCGACGCCACGGCCCUGUUUAUCGAGCCGCGGCAGGCUGCGGCCAUGAAGGCGGUUAUGCCUGCGGUCGCCGCUUAGAUGGCCGUAUAUCUUUGGAUUUAAACGGUUGGCAAUGUUCUACGGGAUUUCCAUGCUACAACUUCCCCAAUCUAGGUAGCUUUCUACAGCCAGAUUGGCGAAUGAUGUGUUUGUAUAAAGGAUAGAUCAUGGUAGACGGUGCUUGGCCGAAUUUAUUUGUUUUGCUUUA